AUGGCUUGGCCGUGCAUCAGCAGAGUGUGCUGCCUGGCUCGGUUUUGGAACCAGUUCGACAAAUCGGACCUCUCAGUCCCGCUCACCAUCCAGAACUACUCGGACAUCGCCGAGCAGGAGGUGCGAUCAGUGACCAAACAGGUCUCAACCCCGGAGCCGCGCGCUGCCGGCUCCCCUCAGGCGCCCGCAGAUGGACCGGGGACCCGGGGAUCUUUCAGGGUACGGAAAGAGCCCAGUUACAAGCCCCGGGAGGAUUACCACCCGCCCGGCGUGCCUUUCCCCAGCGUCACUCAGUACAAGCAGGAUUUCAAACCCUGGCCCAUUCCCAGGAAGGAUAAUUUCCCUUGGAUUAGUAACGGGGGGAGCAGGAGGGACAGUGUGUCGGACAGCCCGGCGAACAGUUACCACCACAGCCAGGCUCAGCAGGGGGAGAGCCGGGGGGAGAGAGAGGAGCGGGGCAGGGGGCAGAGAUGGGGGGAGCAGCAGCAGGUGAUGGAGGAGAGCAAAACCAGCUCCUACAGGCAAGAAUACAGGCCAUGGACAGGGGUGAGACCAGCCAAAAGUGCAAGAAGAAAUCCACCGGCUCAAUAUUCCAGCCCUAGGACAGAGGCUACCCAUUCCCACUGUGAGACCAGCUACCAGGCUGCCUACAGUGGGGAGGUCCACAGGUCUAUAGGGCUGCAUCAGGGAGAGAACGUAAUCCCCUCUGCUAGCACCAACAUACAGCCUGCCUCUGUCCCCCAGCCCAUCCCUUCUGCCCUGCAAGCCGGCACUACACACAGCCUCUCGAGCCUCCAGCAGAGCAUCCUGCCUGAGAGGACCGAACUCAGUGGAACAAGCAAGGGAGAGGAACAUCUGGUUAGGACCAAGCUCCCUCCAAACCCUUCUGCUGUCUUUCAAAGUGGAUCGAGGGUCUUAAACAUCUGA